AUACGAACCUCGGAUUGUUCGGAGGUAACUAGAGCGGUUCUGAUGAUGCGUUUUCGGAAAAAGAAGACCAGAAACUUUGUUAAAAGCGUCUUCUGCAGACAUAUUAAAGCGUUGCUUCUAAAUAGACACACAGAUUUCAUCCGAAGCAUUGCCCAAAUCGGCGACCGCAAAACAAUAGUAAUUGCCUGUUCUGGAGAUGUCAAAGUUCCAAUUCCAGCAUCCCAAAAACAGAGAGCUCCUCGGAGGAGACCUGGUUGCUCAGUCAUUGGCUCAACUUGGCGUGGACUUGCUCUUCGGACUGCAUGGAGGGCAUCUUGAUCAAUUUCUGGUCGGAUGUGCAUCGAUCGGAAUACGCCUCAUCGAUACACGACAUGAGACUUGUGCAGUGCAAGCUGCCGAAGCGUAUACUAAGCUGAGUGGGAAAAUUGGAGCUUGUUUUGUAACUGCCAACUCUGGCUUCUGCAAUGCGUUACCCGGCAUCGCUACUGCGAACGCUGACCGAAGCCCGAUUUUUGUCAUAACCUCCUCACCACCGCUGCGAGAUGCCGAAACCAAUUGCCUUCAAGGCUUCCAUGACCAAGUUGUGCUAGCUAAGCCAAUUACAAAAUUUGCUCAUCGGGUAACGAAUGUUGAGGAAAUUCCACGCAUUGUAUCUUACGCGCUUCGUGUCGCACUUUCGGGAAUACCUGGUCCAGUAGUCGUGGACUUUCCAAUUGAUGUGCUUUUCGGUCCACCGCGAUUAGAUGCACUUGCGCUGGGCAAUCUGACAUCAGAGCUUACUUUACCACCUUCACCUAAUCCAGCCUCUUUGGAGCGACUGGUAGAACUUUGGAGCGCUGCAAAGCGACCAGUGAUCAUCACAGGAACCGGUGCCGGUCGGACAACCGACGGCGAAAAUCUGUUGCUUAGGCUUGCCGAAACAACGUCCACUCCAAUAUUUUUCAGCGGAAAGUUUGCUUCCCCAGCGGCUAUUCCCCACGAACACCCUCUUAGAGGUGGACCGGCGACUAAAUUGGCAUUCCUGAAGCCUCUAGGACAGCAAAGACCUGACUUUGUUCUUCUACUUGGCGCUCGAACAGGCUUUUUGCUCGGAGGAAGAUCGGGUGGUAUUAUCCCACAUCCACCAGAGUGCAAGACAGCCCAGGUUGAUAUUGACGGUGGCGAAAUUGGUAAAUCCACUUCUAUUGAGCUUGGAAUUGUCAGCGAUGCUACUGAGUUUGUUCGAGCGUUCUUGCGAUUGCUGAAUGAGAAGUCGCUACAAUGGCCAAGUUCCACUAAUAAUCCGUGGAUUCAGAUCUGCUCUGGUCUGAAGAAUGUCGUUCAUCAACAGUACGCUGGAGACGAUAAGGUGAACAGAGAAGAUGGCAUGUUGCACCCUUAUCAUGCGAUCAAUGACGUGUACACGGCGUUAUCACAUCUCCACCCUGUUAUCAUUAUUGAUGGGGGUGAAGCUGGUGUAUGGGCCAUGGAUGCAUGGGAAUCAGCACAACCAUACGCAGGUAUGAAUAGCACUGGCUAUCUUGGAUUCCUUGGAAACGGUUAUGGCUAUUCCCUUGGAGCUGCGCUGGCAUUCCCUGAUCGGCUCAUUGUCAAUAUUCAUGGUGACGGUAGUGCUGGUUUCCAUAUUGCUGAGCUAGACACAUAUGCCAGACAUGGGCUUAGGAUUCUCACUGUGGUGAUGAAUAAUUAUAAAUGGGGGAUGUCUAUCGCUGGACAAGAUAUCAUCUAUGGAAAUGACGACCCGGCGCGUCCUGUAUCCUCACUCAGCCCGGUCUGCAAAUUCGAGACUGUAGCGGAGGGAUUUGGCAACAUUGGAGUUCGAAUUGAAAAACCAGAAGAAAUCGCAUCCAAGGUUAAAGGUAUUGUGGAAAGCAUGGGUACCGCUGGCAAAACAGCCGGCCUAAUAAACCUGCUUGUUAGCACCAAGCCUGUCACUAAUGCGACAAAAGGCAUGGUUGGCAAACCUCCGAAAGGGCAAGAGGAAGAUGUUAUCGUGGUUCCUUAUUAUGACAAUGUUCCGAGAACAUAUACGAGACAGGAAUUGGAGAAAAAAGGAUGGACAAAGAGUAAUGGUGUUGCGUGAUGUAAUGAAGAAAAAAUAGUGUAUUAUCCAGCUUUGUAUAGCUUGCCUGUCAUGCAAAGUGGAAGAUAUGUCA